AUGGAAGAGUUACGAAAACUCGAGAAAGUGCAGAGGAUUCUGGAAUUUAUGGAAUCGCGAGGGGUUUCAAACUCCAAUCACCACUCUAACCGCUUCCUCGCCAAUUUCAUUAUCUUCAUGAUCCAACCCUGCGAAGACCUUUCCAUCCAAGACAAGUGCUGCAUGCUUUCGCAGUUUAUUCCCUCUCUCUCAUCUACAUUCCUCGAGGACGCGUAUCAACACCACCUUGUCACCACCACCAAUGAACAAAAUUCUGGUUUUCAACAAAGUCUUGUUGGAAAUGAUUUGCUUAGUUGUAAUCAGACGCAAGAGUACAGUUUAUGGCAAAGUUAUAAGGAAAACACGGCCAUGGUUGGGCUGGACUCCAUGCAAAUGGCAAAUUCUACUCUUGAGGAUUUUUGCAGAUCUUAUUUUAUGUUUCAUGGAUUGGAUGUAAGCAAGCCAGAAUCAAUCUUCAAAUACUUACCUAUUCUUUCAUUCACAGAGAGCUAUAUUUAUCAGCUAGAUAAAAUGAAUGAGAAAUUGCUACAAACACCCACCAAUGGAAAGUCUGUAUUUGGUGCAAAAGAUAAGAGAGAAACCAACUUAUUGGCUUCUUGCUUCUCAAAUGACCCGGCUAGCCCACUUGUGACUAUUCUUGAACACAAAGGCCUUUUGACAGAAAGGAUAAGAGAAGAACUUAGACAGGGAGAAGAGUACUGGGCUCUCGAAAGAAAGCUUUGUUCUGCGCUAAUAAACAAAGAGGAGAUUCUUGUUGAGGAUGUGAUGAAGGCUAUUCAUUUAAAAUCUUUUGAUUACCGAGUGCUAAAUCUUCUUCUCUAUGAACUGCAAGGGACUAAGGUGGAGGAAUUGCAUAUGGAGUUUCUCUCAAUUUCGGAGUUCCUAGUGGAAGUUUCUGAUGACUUGUAUGAUUAUGAGGAUGAUGUUUUAGAGAACAAUUUCAAUAUUUUGCGCAUGUUUAUCGGAAUAUAUGGACCUUCAGCUGCUCCUGCUAUAUUGGCGAAGCACAUUAGUGAGGCUGAAGAUAAGUAUGAAAGUUUAUUAAAAUCACUUGAUCCACAUCUCUCUCUGAGCUACCAGAAAAGAUGUGCAGAAGCCACUAAAGAAGGUAAUCCUUCCAAUUCUAAUGUUUUCACCAAGUGUCCUAGUCCUCACGAUGAAACGAGGAUCCAGCAUAACAUGAUGAGUUCAAAUUGA